CCCAACCACCUCGACCACCAUGUGAGCAACAACCAGCCUUCGAUCCUCCUUCUAACUCAAUGGUGGCGACCAAGCAUCCUGGCUCCGUAUAUAGGGCCCGCUCCCAGUCUUCUUGCUCUUCUUUACGUUCUGAACCACGACACCUCACACCUCGAAGCUUGAAGCUCGAUUACUAUCUUUCGCGCAGGUCGCAUCACUCACUUUCGUUAAUCCAACAACAGUCUUUCGUUCAUCAACACGCUUGAUCGGCUCACAACUUUGAUCACUACUUUCGUUCUUACAACUACUACACACACUCAAUCACGCAGGACGUCUGAUUCCAACACAUAUACAAGAUGCGCUUCUCUCUCGUUUCCGCCGCUGCGCUUCUCGUCUCGGGAGCUUCUGCUUUCCCCGUCUUGCAGCCUCGCUACUUGAACGCCACUACUUCUACUGUUCGUAUGUCCAUUACUGCGGUGAACAACUCUACCGCGCCGGAUACUGGUUCUAUCAUUGUCGACACUACUUCUUCUUCAACUUCUUCUUCGUCUGCCGGUGCUGCUGUGCUCCUGGCUGGCACCUCUUCUUCUUCGAGCAUCGCUACUGCUGCUCAGAGCACUAUCAUCGCUGUUGUUAACAACAACGGUACCAUUGCCGUCUCUCCUGUCGCUGUUUCUGAUGGUGAGAGCUCCAACGUUGUGGCCGAGACUAACUCUGCUGCUGCCGUUGCCACCGCUGCUCAGACCUUUUCUGCUGCAGGUGCCGCUGUCCAGGUAGCGGCCGCUGCUGCUGGUACUACCUCCUCAUCUGGCGCCGCCGUGGAGGUCGCUGCUGCCGCUUCUUCUCCCGCUGUUGAGGUUGCUGCCACCACCGACGCCAACAAGGUCGUGACUGUCGUCCUCAUCCCUGGCUCAACUCCCACAACCCUGAACUCUGCCGAAGCCUCCAUCCUCUCUUCUCUCCUCGCCUCCCACUCCGCGGCCCCCACCGCUACAGCCUCCUGGGCCCCUACCUCAACCGACGACUACAUCAUCGUUGAGGUCACCUUCGAGGAUCCUGAAUCCACUGCUUGUGGAUGCGCGGCCACGAACAACGGUGCUUCGUACCAAGCUGUGGCGGUUGAUGGAUCUGGGGUUGUGACUGGAGAGGAUGAUGAGGGAGGUGCUGUCGCUGUUGGCGGUGUUUGGGACGAGAGUGAGCAGUAUGCGACGUACAUUACUUCUACGCUCGCUGCUGCUACCCAGGCUGCUCAGGCUGCUGCGACUGGUGUGACUACCGCGUGGUCUACGACUACCGAGGUCGCGACUGUUUCUUCCACUUUUGUCGCUACUGCCUACGUCGCUCCCGCUGCUGUCGAGACUCAGGCUACUGUCGCUGCCGCUGCCGCUGCCGCUGCCGCUGCCGCUGAGACCACUGCCGUCUCCGUCACUCCCUACGGUUCCAACCUCCUCGCUAACCAGGGUUCCGCUGCUGGCUCUGCCGCUGCUGCGCCCGGUAACUCCACCACGACCUCUUACUCCACGUCUACUCAGGUCGUGACUAAGACCAACGCGGCUGACACUACCAAUGUCUACACUACCACGACCUCCGCCGCCGCUACUGCUGUCGUUAUCGCCUCAGCAUACGGUAACUACACCGUUACCCGCGGGUCUAGCAACGGUACCGUCAGUGCGGCUGCUGGUUUGAAUGGAUACAACCUGUUGUCUAACCCGAGGAACGCUACUGCUGCUUCCGCCUCUUCGUCUUCGACUUGGAGCUCGGUUGUGCCUAUCGUUACCCCUGUCGUCAGUGUGAACGCUUCUGCUGCGAUUGUCACUGCCUCCAGCACUGGAUACAACGCCACUGUCCCCGUCCGUACUCAGACUCCCGUCUCCUCCGUCGCUUCCUCCACCUCCAGCGCGAGCCUGACCGACGUCGCUACCCCCACUGCUAACGCCAAGGCUGUGGUCACCUCCUCUGCCUCUGCUUCCGCUGUCUCCUCCGCCGACGCCGAUGAGUACGAGUGGGUCUGCCUUGCUGAUGGCGAGGAGUGGACGGACGAGGACGAGUACUACACCUCGACUGUUUACGCGACGAAGACUACUACGAUGGCGGUGACGAUGACGGUUGAUACUGUUGCUACUGCUACUUCUACUUCUGCCUAA